AUGUCCAUGUCCAGCGGGCUACACGCGAGGACCGAGGAGGAUAAAUCCUCCUUUCCUUUGUUAAAUUUAUUAAGUAAACUUUUUCAAAACUAUUUUCUAUUUAUCGCAGAUUUCCAAUCAUCAGAGCUAACAAUUCAACGAACACGGCGUGAGCAUUCGGGAAAUUUCACUUGUGUGGCUAGCAAUACACAACCUGCAAGCGUGUUAGUGCAUAUUUUUAAAGGUGAUAAUCCAGCAGCGAUGUAUCAUGGGCAUGUCGGCGGCUCGACUAAAUCAUAUCAAACUCAUUUGCAUGGCAUUAUAGCCAUAAUAGCUAUGGCCUACCGAAUACUACAGACAUAUAUACAUGUAAACCUGGGAUAAUUACAGAUGAGACAACAACGGCCAUAAUGACGCAUCAAAGUGAAACUGCGCAUACACAUAUGAACACAUACAUACGUAUGUAUGUUUACAUAGUAAAAAAGGUGGGACUGCAAACAAAAAUAAACAAAAUGUAAACACACACAAAAAUUUAUUUGGGUAAGCGCGCUAUAUGGCCGCGAAACUGGAGCAACUUAUACACACACACUGACAGACACACAAAACUACACCAACACAUAUACAUAUGUACGAGUAGUUAGUUAAGUUGAAUAAUGUAAUGAGGCUUUGAAUAGGCGGCAGCAUAACUAUAUUUUCAAGUACAUAUGUACAUAUAAAUAUGCGUAUAAUUAUAGUAAGUAUAUAGGCGUGUGUUAAUAUUUAAGGGCAAGUGAACGAAUUAGGAUGAAUACAAAAAAUAUAGAAAAAAACCCGUAAUGAUGUGCAGUAGUCUGAGAAUUAAAAAAAAAAAUCAUUUUUUUUAUGGAAUUAGAGAGCCGACUUACGAUGAGCAGCAAAAAUAUUUAACACACGGACUUGCCACAUUUGAGUGUAUUUUUUUUUCGUUUUCUAUACUUAGUAUAAGUAUGUAGGUAAGUGUGCUUGCUGCACGUACAUAUGUAGUAAAUAAUUAGAACAGUUAAAUGUGGAAGUAAAUCAAAAUUUGUAUGUAGUUAUCUAUGUGUGCAAGUGUGUGUUUAAGUUAGUGCUUUGAUAAAGUAAAUAUAUACAACUGAUAAGAGUGUAGUGCAUUUUGUAAUGAAAAUCCGA